AUGGGAGCAUCAAAAAGAUCAUGUUUUGGAAGAAGCAAUUCGGUCCAAGCACCUGUAAACAACGGUAGCAAUCCAGACGUACAGCAGAGUACGAGAACCAACAACAGCCAACAGAUCAGCUAUCGCACAAGAAGGUUGCGCUCUGCUAGUCAAUCGACAUCGACGUCCAACUUGAACAGUAUCAAUAACAACGGUAGUGGAAGUGGCGGUGGUAGCAGCAACGUUGCCGGAAGUUCCUGCACUGGUGGUGGUAAUAUAGUAUCGCCAGCCUACAACAGUGGCCACAACAGUAACUUUUUCAACAACAACACUAUCACGUAUAACCACAACAACUGCAGCACAUUGCGGCACCAACGGCAUCAUCAGCAGCAACAGCAGCAGCAUCACCACCAUAUUAAUAAUACACGGUCGAGUACUUCCGGUACAAGCUCAACGGCAGUCACGACGGGGGCUUUAAUUUCAAGAGUGUUUGAUCACAGCAACAGCAGUGGUACCGCCGGCAGCCUCACUACUACCAACGCCACUUCAGCUAUAACGGCGGCCUCUGGAACGGAAGGAAUCAUUGCUGCCGCAAGCACUGCAACGCUCGCCACCGCUGGAGGCAGCAGACCCGGAAGUCAACAUCGGCGUGCGUCGCCCGGUGAUAAAAAAUCGCAGACACCGAGCAAAAACGAUGAUAAAAUGGAUGAGAGAAAACAAUCGCAACACAAAACCACGGGUAAGCAGCAACACCCUCGCGACCAGCAGCGCGAUACAACGCCGACCAGUAGAAAGAAUCGGAAAGAAGCUGAACCGUCUGCCAUUGAAUCGUCACCAAAGAAACGCAACCUGUCGCAGCAACGUCGAUCGAUGACUGCUGCCAGUGUCCAGCAAGCAGCACAAGUCGCACAGAAAUUAGCUAUGGAAGAAAUGUCACAAUCACCAGCCUCCACCACCACCCCCGUCACGACGGAAGACCCUAUAGGGGAGAGCGAAACAGAGCAUUCGGCUUGCGCGGAAGAUAAGGGCAUAAUCGAAGAUCAUGAUCCUCAAUCGGCCAUCCUUACGUCGCCUUCGAAGGAGAGUGGGGAAGAAGUUGCACUAGAUGCAUCAACCGAGAAGCAGAACGACACCGAAGCUAGUGGGGGCAAGGAAGAGAUGGACACCAAAGAGGCACGCAGAUCACAGGCCCUUACCAAUGAUUCCGGGAUUGACGGCGAGCAGCAGAUGGAGAUCCUUUCCAACCAUCACUUGGAGGAGAAUGGGGCGUUCGACCAGGAGCCGGCGGAAGAAACUGCCAUUGCAGAGGACGAAGCAGAGGUGCAGGAGCGACCGAAGCACGCUGGCGGUAGUUCGUGUGAAACGGACGGGUCCCAAAAUCGCACCAUUUUGCGCUUCGUCCGCAAGAGCCUCGAGAAUACCGGCAUGUCGGUGAUGUAUUCGAAAAACUUUAUCGAAAAUGAAACGAUCGAGACGGAGUACCCUCGGAAUCUGGAUGACAACAUCGAAAUACUGAGCCGUGAGGCCGAAAAUCUGGCUAUGCAGUUCAAACCAUCCGAGGAAAAGUUGGUGCAGUAUGGGCCAAUCUUUGAUCUGGAAAAAUUUGAAGAGCAACGCAAGCAGCAGAAAAAGGAAGACGACGAGGACGAGGCGAUAGGCAUCUCACCGUGCGGGCGCUUUCUGAAGUACGACAAGGAGGUUGGCAGGGGAUCGUUCAAAACCGUGUACCGGGGCCUGGACACGCAGACUGGUGUGGCCGUGGCUUGGUGUGAGUUGCUGGAAAAAAAGGUGAACCGUGUGGAACGGGCUCGGUUUCGGGAAGAGGCGGAAAUGCUGAAAAAACUACAGCAUCCAAACAUUGUGCGAUUUUACAACUACUGGGAAUCGGCGCCGACAGGGGGCAAUAAAAAGAAAAACAUUGUACUGGUCACCGAGCUGAUGCUGUCCGGCACGUUAAAAUCUUAUUUGCGACGAUUUAAGAAAAUUAAUCCCAAAGUACUGAAAUCCUGGUGCCGGCAGAUAUUGAAGGGAUUGCAUUUCCUGCACUCGCGCACACCGCCAAUCAUUCAUCGUGAUCUGAAAUGUGAUAAUAUUUUUAUAACCGGAACGACAGGGAGUGUUAAGAUAGGUGAUCUAGGGUUAGCCACGCUAAAGAACCGCAGCUUCGCAAAGUCGGUCAUUGGCACGCCGGAGUUUAUGGCGCCGGAAAUGUACGAGGAGCACUACGACGAGGCGGUCGAUGUGUACGCUUUCGGUAUGUGUAUGCUGGAGAUGGCCACUUCGGAGUAUCCUUACAACGAGUGCAAUACGCCCGCGCAAAUCUACAAAAAGGUUACGUCCGGCGUGAAACCGCAAAGUCUGGAGAAGGUGGAAAACCCGGAGGUCCGCGAGAUCAUCGAACGCUGCAUCCACGACAAGAAAGAGGGGCGCCCGACGUGCAAGGAGUUGCUGAAUUUUGAAUUUUUCUGCGAAGACAUCGGCAUUCGGUUGGAACCGAUGUCGAAGGAAUCGUUUCUGGCGAACCCCGACAACGUGAGGAUGGAGUUUCGGUUGCGCAUCAUGGACCCGAAGAAGCGUGUCAACAAGCACAAGGAAAACGAGGCAAUUCAGUUCGAUUUCGACAUCCGAGUGGACGAUGCGGACGAAAUUGCCAACGAAAUGUACAAGUCGGGCAUUCUGAUGGAAGACGACUCGAAGACGGUGGCCAAAAUCCUCAAGGUGCAGAUUCAGACGCUCCUGAAGGAGCGCGAAGAACGCGCCAGGCAGCUGCAAGUGGAACAGGAAAAGGAAGCACUGCAGAAGCAAGCGUUUCUGGCGCAGCAACUCUAUAUGCAGCAGCAGCUUCAGCAGCAAAUGGAAAACGAUCUGCAGGUGACCGAACUUCAGGUACCGCAAUUCCCGAACCAGCAGGCUGCCCAGCAGCAGCAGCAGCAGCAGCAGCAGCAGCAGGUUCCACAGACAUACUACCAACCUGCAUCGCUUCCCGCAUCCCAAGCACAGCAAAUCAUAUACCAACAGCAAAUAUCGGCACCGGUGGGCAACGAACAGCUGCAACAGCCGGGCUACCACCAGCCACAAGCACAGCAAAUAGCUGGACAGUACGUCAUGGGCCAACAGAUUCCCCUGCAACAACCACAACAACAGCAGCAGCAACAGCAGCAGCAGCAGUCACAGCAGCAACAGUUCCUUAAUCAAAUGGCCGCAGCUCCCCAACAGCAACCAGUGGUUCCGGUACAGCAACCGAACUUCUUACAGCAACAAGUAUUUCUUGACGGUCAACAGCAACAGUAUCUGCAGUCGAUUCAGCAGCUUCAACAGCAGCUGCAACAGCAACAACAAAAUCAACCUACGCAAGGUCAAUCGCAAGGAACGAACGUGCAGUACAUGAACCAGAUCGGGACCCAGCAGCAACUGGUGCACCAGUUUUUCCAGCUGCAGCAGCAACACUUUGCGAUGAUGCAGCAACAGCAACAUCAACAACAAGCAGAACUGCAGGAGCAGAUAGCUGUGCUUGAACAACAAUUGCAGGGUAUUAUGCCCAUACAUAAUCAAAUGCAGCAGCAGCAACAGCAGCAGCAGCAGCAGCAACAAAUUUAUGUGCAGCAACAACCCCAGCCGCAAGUGAAUUUGAUGCAGGGACAAUCCCUGCAAGCCGCCUCGUCGCAACCAAUGUACAUGCCGGCGCAGCUGAACAAUUCCGAUACUUUGGUGCAAUUGCAUCAGUCGAUGCCCGCACCCCAACCGCAGCCCGGAUCUUUGACCAUGCCGCAUCAGCAACCACAACCAGUCGCCACGCAACCUCCUCAACCCCAGCCACCUUUGCAGCAGCAACCGUUCGUUAAGCAACAAACGCCCCCGAUGGUGCUACCACCACAUCAUAUACAGUCCACCCCACAACAGCCCACACAAGCCACUCAGACAACGCAGACAAUGCCCAUGCAGGUAGGGUCGCAGGCUUCCCCAGGCCUAUUGGCAUCCCAGCCCCAACCUACUGCAGCCCAACAGGUGGUGACCCAACAACAGCAGCCUCCGAUAGCUACCGUAAUGAAUCCGUCGAUUCCGGCCAAUAGCAACAUUGCGCAAAACGGAUCUUUGGCAGCAACUGCGGCAGCAGCUUCACCAGCGAUCGCAACGCCGAACCAGACAACAGCACAACAGGACCAGGCAACCCCAGUUGCCGUUCCGUCCGCACAGACCGCCCUUCCGAAGCGGCUCACAAAUGAGAUGAAAAAGCGGCGCAACCAUCGUUCAACCGAGCGCAGUCCGAAGCUACACGUGCUCGGCUACGAAAACAACAUCAUCGAGUGCGAGAUGGAAAACCGCCCGAAAACGAUCAAAUUCAAGUUCGACCCGAAUAACGUAAACCCGGUCGAGGUGGCGCAGGAUCUUGUCUCAAAAGAUCUUCUCAGCGAGUCACAAACAAUGAUAUUUAUCGAAAUGGUGCGCGACAUACAGCGACAGUUGAAAGAAAACCCGAACCAGCUGCCAGUCGCAUCGCAGUGCUACCGGCGAUCAACGGAAAAGGUGCGCCACGCGUCUCUAACACGUCAACGUUCGAACUUUAAAACACACCAGAGACACAGAUCUCGCGAUGAGACAUCGACAACGGCAGCGAACUUUACGCACAUCUUCGACCCAACCAUCAUCGAUCGGCAAGCCCUGGCUACGGGCGUGUCGAGUACAACCACAUCGUCUACAUCUUCCUCACCGCUGUCCCAGCAGCAGCCAUCGUCCGCAAUCGGCACAUUGCAGACAAAUGGCGAAGUCGGACCACCGUCAGGAGAAGUGCCCACCACGGAAAGUGCCGAUAAUGCGCCAUCGCUCUCGGAAGCAGCAACCAUUCAAAGCUACGAAUGCAACGACGCGGACACCGGCGAUGAUUUGCUGGCCACCGUCACGGGCGUCUCGACCAUGGUGGACGAUGGUACGAACGACAACAAUAGUAGCUGUGAUGAAAACUCUCGCAAAGCCAGCACGGUCAGCACAGAGUACACAUCGCACGAAAAUACGCCCGAAAACACGAUCACGUCCGGCAGCAAUAUGACCCUGUUGCAGCAGCACCUAAACUUUGGCACCGAACAGGAUCAGUGUGUAGGCAGCAUCGAGCAACAGCCGGAACCUACGGAUGAUCAACAGCUGCGUCAACCAGGUGUUCAGUCUACUUCAGUGCCAUCAGUACCAGCAGUAAGCGGCAGCGAUGAAGCUGGGAGUGAGCCUGUCUGCUCUACGGACCCACUUGUGGAAACUUCUAGUCAAAGUACGCAUCAACCGGUGGCAGACGCGAACACACGGGAACCGCUCGGCGAUGGCUCGGUGGAGACAAAAUCAGACACAGUAGCAACAGCAGAGCAAAGCAAAACACCCGUAACCCCGAUGUUGAAGGAACGUAAAAUGUCUCGCUUCUCGGUGACGCCCGUUGUGCUGCCCGUCGCCUUGGCCGAAGAACAACAGCAGCAGCAGAGUGAAGCGGUGUCGGUGGUGGACUCUUCUCAGCCUCCCCAAGCUGACGCGGUCUUUGUGGAGACGUUGAACCGAGAAGCAGGAACCACCACGACGGACGCUGCCGAUGCUGUCCUCCAACCGAUGGACAAUGCACAGCAACAACUGAAUGAAGCCCUUCUUCAACAACAGCAAGCCAAUGCGUACAAUGAGGCCUUACUUCAGCAACAGCAGUCCAAUGCGUACAAUGAAGCCCUUCUUCAGCAGCAGCAGCAACAAACGUACGUUCAGCCACCAGACAUGACGGUCCAGCAGCAACAGCAGCAGAUGUAUCUUCAGCAACACCCGAUCGAUGUGGCUUUCCAGCAGCAACAGUAUCAACAAGAGAUGGCGAUACAGCAGGCCCUUCUGCAACAGCAGCACCUGCAAUUACAGCAACAGCAAGCCUCUGGUCUGACCAUGAUGGCGGCCAGCGAAGCCGUCGCACAAGCUGAGUAUGAUCUGCAGCAACAGUACUACCAACAGCAGCAACAAUUUCAACAGCAGCAACAAUACCAACAGCAUUUGCAACAACACGCCCAGCAGCAGCACCAGCUGUUACUGCAGCAGCAGCAGCAACAACAACAGCAGCAGCAGCAGCAACAUCAACAACAGCAGCAGCAGCAGUUACAAUUCCCUCAACCAAACGCUGCCAACAACCCUCCGCCCGGCGGCAGUGGUUUCAUGUCCGCGCAGACAUCCAUCGAUCAGGGGUCUCGUGAUUCACUGCCAAGCCGCAUGCCGGAAACGUUGGAGCAACUCAAAAUCGGACUCGAAAGUAUCACGCACGUGCACGUAAAUACAAACAAAUCGAGCGCCAGCGGUGGAGGUUCCGCCAGUCUCUCGUCACAGGCCAGCGCCACGGCGUUGUCGGCAAUGGUUUCGCCCCACCCGUCGCAAUAUCCGAUGCAGCCGGGAAUGGGCGAAGCGCUACAGCAGCAGCAGCAGCAGCCACCGCAGCAGGUUGUGUUUUAUCAAUCUCAAGAAUACAUCAUAUCGGAUCCGACCGGCGGUGGCGGAGUUCCGCCGGAGCAGCAGCUAAUGGAACAAAACAGCCGACCACAGGAGUACGUGGUCGAAGGGGCAACCUAUGCAGCGGUCGUGGCAGGGGACUUCCAAACGCAAGCAAUUCAGCAGCAGCAGCAGCAGCAGCAGCGGGUGGUACAGCAACAGCCGUACGCAUCGAGGCGCACUUCGGCAGAACUUUCUGGUACGCUAAUGACCGAUGCCAUCGAAGGUGCGGUUGAUCUAGCGGUGAUCGGUGAUGCACCGCCACUACAACCGACACCGAAUACGAACACUGGUAGUGGCAAUGGCAGCGACACUGGUACGCCGAAUGCAGCAACGCAGCCCCGGGAGCAGGAAAAGCGGCUCUCAAACCAAGGCAGUGUUGAUCGCAUCGAUAGCUCCGGAGCCCACGCGUCGCUGACGGGUUUGCAGCUCAAACUAUCGCAACUGUCGGUUAGCGCAGAUUCAUCCAAACCGCUCACUACAACCGUAGAUCCACAGUUGCUGCUCGCGCAGCUCGCGGUCGUCACUAGUCCGUCGGUCGAGCAGCAAACGGAACCCAAGUUUCCGCACGAUGCUAAACCAUUGAUACGCAAAGUGUCCCGGUUUCAGGUGCAAACCGUUCAAGAAUCUCCUCGUGCAACCGAACCGCUCCCGGCAGCUUCUUCGCAAGGAAGUGUUGCUGCUGCGGUCGGCAAUAACAGCAGUGAACCUCAACUAGCUGCAUUGGCACAACCAAUCGUCGACACGCAGCAGCAUCACCGUGCGGCGUACCCUUCGCCGACGGAUGAAAAGUCUUGCCAAACGUUUCCGGGGCCGCAGUUGGCAACUAGCGUGCCGGUUGCUGGUGGGUUGGUUUGUGAAGUACCCACCACCAACGACCUGGAAGCCAAGCUAAACCAGGUCAUCCCAAAGACACCGAACCUGGAACUGGCAGCGCCAAGCUUUAAUAUCACCACUCCUAUUCAGCAACCGCAAACUAUUCAACAGCAACUACCGCCCCAAACGCAGCCGGCGUACGGUUUACCGUCGGUUCCGGUGCAGCACAUGCCGCCGGCUCAGCUGUCGAAUCCUGUUCCUAUGCCAGUCAAUGCUAAUAUCUCAUUUGCAGAUGGAACGCAGCUUCCGAUGGAUGGCGGAUCGUCCGUGUAUGGUACGCUACCCCCACAGCAGCAACAGCCCAACACACAAGCGCCGCCUCAGCAACCCCUACCGGAACCAUCGUUCAACAACGCGGACAUUGGGCAGAAUUUGGUUGCUAUCCAAAAUCAUCUCUGCGCGCUACAGCUUAUGUCCAGUGCCCGGCAGCAACUGCAGCUACUGCUGCAGCGGCAGCACAUCGAGCACGAGGAGCUAAAGCUACGCCAUUUUCUCGAACUGGAGAAGUUUCUCAAGCAGCAGAAAGAAGAAAUGAAACCGCCAGCAGCUGCUCCUGUUCCUGCUGCCGCCACCGUCGCCCCCGCUGCCUCGGUGCCUGCUGCACCACAGCAAAUGAUCUCCACGCCACCGCAAAUUGCUGCCACGGCCAGUCAGCAGCACGCAUCGUCUCUUUCUUCCUCCGUUCUGGCGAACGGCAGCAUGAUCACAGAACUGUCCUCUCCCACGAUACCUACAAAUCGAGGAAUGGGCUUCGACAUUAGCUCCGUGGGACCGUCGCCAGCAGCUGGCGGGGUUUCGUCGUACGGCAGCUACACCAGCAGCGGAACGGAAACCGACCAGGAAGUUGCCAAUCUGACGGCGGCCGCCAGUAUGGAAGCGAUGGUGAUAAUACAGCAGCAACAGCAGCAGCAACAACAACAGCAACAGCUUCAGCAGCAACAGCAACAGCAACAGUAUCACCAACAGCAGUAAUUACAAGGUGUGUUGAUGGACACUAGCUUCUUCGCGUGUAUAUAUUUUGUUAGCAACCAGAGGAAGCAGUCCGCAGCGCCGCACGCGUCUUUAUCGUGCCAGCAAUUGGGAUGUUUCAAUUAAUGAUGUAAUAUCCACAGUAACCUGAUGGCACCUAAGGAUGAUGUCAGCAGCUUUGUAGUUUUGUGGGUUGAUGCAAUCUGCGUACUCAACCAGCAAGCAACGAUCUCAUUCCACAUGUUCCACAUUCGCCCGGUAGUCUUCAGAGGUUGAGCGACAACACCUUAUGAACCACACCAGUCCUUCCGGGGGGGGAGCGUAUCCUGCACAGAAAACGCCGAUGUGAAGCCGUCACGACGAUGCCGUCUGCAGUCUGAAGGAUGUGAUGUUUAAACGAAACAAAAUGCAUUGAAUAAUAUUGCGCGCGCCCCAUACUACACCGAGUCGAGUGUCGAUACUCUUGAAUGGCUAAAACAUGGACGAAAGAAGCCAAAUAAAACGAAAAAAGAGGAAAACGCGAGCAAACAGAAACUAAAUGUUGACCCUUAGCAAAAGGAAUAGUCGAACACGUAUAUAAAUUUCACAUAUAUGAGCAUAUGUUUUAACGGAUACUACUAUAACGCUAGAGUAGCUUUGCUGCGAUUGGCCUUUACAACUCACGGCUAACGUUCCAUUUGUACGACAGGCGCGCCCGCCACGGCACCCGCCGCCGUCGCUCGCAGCAGCACACAAUAUAAAGGAUGCGCAUAGGGAAAGGAUAGCCGUCGCGUAGAAAAGACUGGUGUGUGCGAGUUUGUAUGUAUGCGUGCGUGUGUGUGAGUGUGCUAAUUACCAAAAUUCAAGAACGCGCACCAAUGGCCGUUUAUCACAAAACAAUACACAAUACCCAGAGAUACUCGCUGUGUUGCACAUUCUAGUAAUGUGCGCGUUUAUGCCGGGCGGAAGCGGACGAAGGGCUUUUGGAUCGCUUCGUCGCAUGUUCUCGUUUUUUUUUUAAUCUGCUCCAAAAAGCCUGGUAAGGAAUUUAUGAAUUCAGGAACAAGAAAUAUUGGCUAGAGCGAGCUCUCCCUGGUGGUAUAUAAAGAAACGAAUCAAUAGUCGGUCCGUCACACGUGCGUUCUAUUUGAAAAGUAGUUGUGAAUUAAUUAUCGCGGUUUUCGUAGGACCGAAUCAAUCGCAAAAAAAACAUAAGCAGAGCAGAACUGGCCACGAAGAGAGACAGAUUGACGAUGAAUCGAACCGAAAAUGAUGGUAAGACGCUUGUUAUGACGAUCCUUGUUAACGGAGCAAACUAAACGUGAUUUGACAGCGUUGUAUUGUGACGAAACGGAAAAUAAAGAUAGUAACAGAUGAGAGCUGUUGUGGACAGCGACGCCGCCGGCAAGAGUGUUAUGCUGGCAAAAUUAAACAAUAGGAUCGAAUAGACCGCGAAUUGCGCUGUGGCUGGGCGGCCAAAAGUCCAAAACUGAUAAAGGUGGCAUUCAAAUUUAUUGUGUAUUAUAUUCUAUUCGAUACUAUUAAGAUAUUAAAUAUCUAUUCGAAAAA